UAAUCAGUAGUAAUAACAAAAGUUUUGGGGGGUUGAGAGUAACCAACGAGUCUCUUGGUGUUCAAUCUGGAGCCUCUUGUUCUUCUCCAACGGAUAGAUAGAGCGAGGGUGGAGAGACUCGGGGAGAGAACACUGAGGAGAGAGAGAGAGAGAGAGAGAAUGCAGAUGAAUUCAGCGGCUUCAAUAGAGGGAGGAGCUAUCCUCUGCUCCCACCAAUUCGGCCUCCGUAGUUCACAGUACUUUCUCUCUCACCAUCUUCAUUCGCCAGCUCCUCGUCUUCACACUCCCUCAAGCCCCACAAUCUUCAUCAAUUCACAACCUUUACUUCCGAAACAUCGCCAUCUCACACUCCUGUGCAUCGCCAAAGCUGCAGAUUCAACCCAGCCUGCCUCUGCAUCUGCCGCCGCUGCCCCCUCCCCCGACAAGACACUUAUUCCCGAUGAUGAGUUCUCGCUUGCUAAGGUUUCAUUUGGUGUUAUUGGACUUGGUGUUGGAAUUACACUCCUGUUCUAUGGUUUUGGGGCAUACUUCACUGUCCUCCCUGGAUCUGAAUGGUCAGCGUUAAUGCUAACGUAUGGCUUCCCUCUUGCUAUAAUUGGUAUGGCUUUUAAGUAUGCAGAGCUAAAGCCAGUGCCGUGCUUGACAUAUUCAGAUGCUCAAAAGUUGAGGGAAACAUAUGCAACUCCUAUUCUUAAACAGGUCAGGAAUGAUGUUACUAGAUACCGGUAUGGGGAUGAACAACAUUUGGAUGAAGCUUUAAAGCGUAUAUUUCAGUAUGGUCUGGGGGGAGGAAUUCCACGGAGGAGUGCACCAAUUCUAAAAAUGAUUCGUGAAGAAGUGACUGAAGAUGGUAAAUACUGCUUGGUCCUGGUGUUUGAGGCAAAAGCUCUGCAAUUAUCAGAUUUUGAGCAAAGACAGGAAAAAUUCACUUCAUUCUUUGGACCAGGGAUCACAGCUGAAGUUGGAAAGGGAGAAGAUGUUCUAUAUGAAGUUCGACUCAUUUCAAAUGCAUCACAAUGAAAUUCAUUAUGGGUUCUCUCAUUUGGGCUGGUUCUGAAUAUUACACAUUGUAUAGCCGCUUGCUAAAGAGUGAAAAAGAAAAUACGAUUGUACAAUGAUCUUUUGAGGGGGGGAUUGUGGGAAUUAUAAGGUGGCUAAAAUCAAUUAUAGCAAUGAAAAGAUCAAUGAUUAACAUAAAAAUGGGAAUUAUUUAUUUUA